UUUCUGCUUCACUUUUUUACCCACUGCUUGAUUUGCUCUCUCUCUCUCUCUGCAAACAAAGUACAAACCAACCAUGGAAGCUGUGGGAGACGCUCUUCUUUCUGCUGCCAUCGGCCUCUUGUUUGAAAAGUUGGCCUCCACUGAUUUGCUUGACUUUGCACGCCAACAAUGGGUGUACUCUGAUCUCAAGAAAUGGGAGAUAGAAUUGUCGGAUAUUCAUGAAGAGCUUAAUGACGCGGAGGACAAGCAGAUCACGGAUCGCUCUGUGAAAGAGUGGCUGGGCAAUCUGAAAGAUAUGGCUUAUGAUAUGGAGGACAUCUUGGAUGAGUUCGCCUACGAAGCUUUGCAACGGGAGGUCACGGCCAAAGAAGCUGAUCAUCAAGCCAGGCCGAGCAAGGUACGCAAGCUCAUCUCAACUUGUCUUGGCAUUUUCAAUCCUACUGAGGUUAUGCGUUAUAUUAAAAUGAGGUCCAAGGUGUGGGAAAUCACUCGCCGCUUACGAGAUAUUUCGGCUCAAAAAUCUGAGCUUCGUCUAGAAAAGGUGGCUGCGAUAACCAACUCUGCUUGGGGAAGGCCAGUCACUGCAUCUCUAGUCUAUGAACCUCAGGUCUAUGGCAGGGGGACAGAAAAAGAUAUUAUAAUUGGUAUGCUGCUUACGAAUGAACCCACUAAAACCAAUUUUUCUGUAGUUUCCAUCGUGGCCAUGGGUGGGAUGGGCAAGACCACACUGGCAAGACUGGUGUACGAUGACGAUGAGACCAUAACCAAGCAUUUUGAUAAAAAAGCCUGGGUUUGUGUCUCAGAUCAGUUCGAUGCAGUGAGAAUAACAAAGACAAUUCUCAACUCGGUGACUAAUUCUCAAAGCAGUGAUUCACAAGACUUGCGUCAAAUCCAAGAAAAUUUGAGGAAGGAAUUGAAGGGAAAAAAAUUUCUGAUAGUUUUGGAUGAUUUGUGGAAUGAUGAUUACUUUGAGUUGGACAGGCUAUGCUCCCCUUUCUGGGUGGGAGCACAGGGAAGCAAAAUUCUAGUCACAACUCGCAAUAAUGAUGUUGCAAACAAGAUGAGAGGACACAAGAACUUACAUGAGCUCAAACAGUUACCUUAUGAUGAUUGUUUGAAGAUAUUUCAAACACAUGCUUUUGAACUUAUGAAUAUCGAUGAGCACCCAAAUUUGGAAUCAAUUGGCAGGAGAAUUGUAGAGAAGUGUGGAGGUUCGCCCUUAGCAGCAAGAGCCCUUGGUGGCCUUUUGCGCUCUGAAUUACGUGAAUGUGAAUGGGAAAGAGUAUUGCACAGCAAAGUAUGGGAUUUCACAGACAAGGAAUGUGACAUCAUCCCUGUCUUGAGAUUGAGCUACUAUCAUCUGUCUUCACAUUUAAAGAGGUGUUUAUGAGUUUACAAAGCAAGGGUUAAUCCUCAUGUGGAUGGCGGAGGGGUUAAUUCAACAAUCAAAAGAUAAUAGGAAAAUGGAAGAUCUUGGUGAUAAGUAUUUUGAUGAGCUACUGUCAAGGUCAUUUUUUCAAUCGUCGAGUAGCAAUAGAUCACGAUUUGUGAUGCAUGACCUUGUGCAUGCUCUAGCUAAAUAUG